CCUUUUUAUUUUAAACAUUGAAAGAAAGUAGAAAAGAAAAAGAAAAAAAAAAAAGAAGAGAAGAGGAACCGAGGGUCGGGGUCCGCCUCAUCGAUCCAAAAUUAUUUCCGUUCAUCGUUGAAUUCGAUGCGGAUUCUUAAUUUCGGAGACGAUCGAUUCAUCUCCCCGUAGCAACCUUUGUGGCUGAUACUUUAAGCUGCUGCUGCUGCCUGAAAACUUUAUAAAGAUGGCUUCUUCUGCAUUAAAGGCCAUGGCAGAGAGGGCAGUGCCUUCUGUACGUAAGCAGGCCCUGACUUUGACAGAUGCUGCUGCUGCUAGGAUACGCCACCUCCUUAACCUCCGUCAGCACCCAUAUCUUAGGCUUGGUGUCAAGGCCCGUGGUUGCAAUGGUUUAUCCUACACCCUCAAUUAUGCUGAUGGGAAAGGGAAAUUUGAUGAACUUGUGGAGGAAAAGGGUGUCAAGAUAUUAAUCGAUCCAAAAGCUCUCAUGCAUGUAAUUGGAACCAAGAUGGACUUUGUAGAUGAUUCACUAAAGUCAGAGUUCAUAUUUAUCAAUCCAAAUUCAAAAGGACAGUGUGGUUGCGGCGAAUCCUUUUUGACAACAGGCAGCACUCAAAAUGCUAAAGCAGGUGUACAUGUGGAGCUGAUAAAACCAUUUCUUCUGCUAAGAUCAAACAGUUCACCGUGGAUUAUAGCAAUCGGCAAAUCUUUUGCCGGAGCAACCGUUGCGCAACAGCAGUCCUGCAAUAUUGUAUUCUAUGCUUGUGUUGUCCUAGAAAUUUUGUGAGCCUGGUUGUACGCAUUUUGCAACAGCAGUCCUGCAAUCUUGUAUUCUAUGCAAUUCCAUUUUUGGAUGUGUCCAUGAGUAUUUAUUUUCUGAAAGCUCUGCAGUGUAUGUCACUUGCAUUUUAAUAUUAUUCACUGGAAACUAUGGAGCAUAUAUAAUUUUGUACAUCAAGUAAUAUUGAUUGAGAUUUCUGCUAAA